AGCAGUGACAUGCCAGUGUAGAUUCUGCAAAUAUUAACAUGCAUGUAUUAUAGUCUUGAAACAGGACAAGAACAUAUGUAUAUCAAUGUAAUGAUGUUUUUCAUGGCCUGCUUUUAAGACCAGCUCCUUUCUCCUCAAGUUUCUUCACAUAAUCCUCCCAAUCAGCUGGCCCUUCCAGCAAAUACUCGAUUCCGAUCAUAAUGUCUUCCCCUUCCUCCACCAACUUCUCCAAUCUUUUAUGGCUUUCACUUCGGGCUAAAACAUCGUUGCUUUCCUUGUUCUCCUGAAUAGCAUUUGGUGAUUCUUCUUCUACUGGGAUUUUGCCCUUUGUACUUUCAAGAAAAUCUUGUGCCAUGAGCAGAAACAGCUUUCUUCCCUUUACAUCUGGGGUGUCUGCUUCUCUGAUGGAGGCUAACUUCUUUGCCAGAAUUACUAGGUUUUCUUGGAGAUGUUUGAUUUCCAUUUUCAUACCGUUUUGCUCGUCCAACAUUUCUUUGAUUUCCUCUUCUGCUUUCUCUCCACUCGUUUCUUCGUCGUGUGGGGAUUGAUGCUUCUGCUGCUGCUGAUCCUGCAAUGGGAUUGGUGCCCGUUGUGAACUUCUGGUAGUUCUUCUCUUGAUUUUAUUGAGCCAAGUCUUCUUCCCUCUCUGAAACCAUUGGUGCUGGAACUCCCAUCUGUCCCAAUCCGCUUUCCUGAAGCCCUGCAGAUGAAUUCCCAGACAGAAUUUGAGUCCAGAACAAGAAAUUAAAACAGAAUGUGCUGAUUGUUGAGCAUAAAUAGUAUAUAAACAUAAAUGUGCAGUCCAACUAUCAGCUUAGGCUUUUAGUUGAGAUAGAGCACAUGCUUCAAUUCUGAUGAUAACGAGGCUUACGUAUGAGUUGAGUUGGCAGAAAAAGCUCGAGGGAUUGCUGUGGCGAAAGAAGGUGGGCAGGAUUUCUGCAGCAAACUUAUGAACAUCCCAAACGACAAGGCGAGAUCCAUCCGAGUUCCAGGAAACAAUGGAGUCUGUCUCGGGGUUAUUCACCAUGUCAUAAGUCUUCCUCACAAAUGGCGCCUCCAUCUUCUCCUUGUUGAAGCAAGAAGAUGAAGAAGCAGAAAGAGGAGGAGAAGAUGGCGACGAUUCGCCAAUACUAAGCUCAGAGUAACUGUGAAGAGUAACCUUUGUAGCACCACUGUCAUUCCCACUAGGCUCACUGGGAUUGUUAUCAAGAUCAAGUAUUAUAAUCCCACCCUUCUGUUCUGCUUCCAUGGCAGCAAAACUGUAAGUACUUAAAGUUGUUUUCAAGAAAUGUCAUAUGGACUUUUUAGUUAAAGAUGAAAAUGGGGUUUUUAGUUUUUACUCUUCUUUGAUAUCACCCUUGUCCAACAUGUUUUGUGUGUGCCUCAGACAUUUAUGUACAGAUAGAAUCAAGGUACAUUUGUUUAAAUUACUAUGAUUUGGAUUAAUUAAGCCACAUAGUUAGGAUAAAUAAAUGGAAGGUCAAGAUUUAGAGGGAUGGCAAUAGUGUGAUACAAUACAAAGAAGAAUGUCUCACAAUGCAUGUUAUGAAGUACAAAGGUGUAAAGAGGAAGAAAUAGGACACCAUGGAUUAAUCUGCAUUUCAAGAACCCAAAAUUGAAAGGUCCUGAUUUGAUUAGAUAAUGAUCAAUCCAGUUUUUUAGAACAUUUCACUCCCAUUCCAUUGCUGUGCCACUUGGUUCAUAACCUCUACAAAUUUAAGAGCCUUCCCAAGCUUCAAGCUAAGGCAACAUUCAAAAUACUAAUCUGUAAAAAGCCAUGGCCAACAUGGGUGGUGGUUCUGCUCUCUGGGAAGGCGGAAUUAGUGGUGGUGGUCGUGGUGAAGGUGAUGGCGUUUGGCCGUCUUCGAAGAAUAAGGUGAGAGGACUGCAUGGCUCGAGCCCGCCGCCUUUCUUGAUCAAGACAUAUGAAAUGGUGGAUGAUCCUCUCACAAACUACAUAAUUUCUUGGAGCCAUUCUGGGGACAGCUUCAUUGUUUGGAAUCAUCUCAUUCUUGCUUCAGAUAUUCUCCCAAGAUUCUUCAGGCACAGCAAUUUUUCCAGCUUCAUUUACCAGCUCAACAACUAUGGAUUUAGGAAGAUUGGGUUGCAGAGAUGGGAGUACGAGAAUGUCUGGUUUCAAGCUGGGAAGAAGCAUCUGCUGAUGAACAUCAAGAGCCGGCAUCAUAAAUUAAGAAAGAUGGCUCAAAGAGGCUCCCUGGAAUGCCAAUAUGAGAUGAAGGAAGAACUGGAGAUCUUGAGAGAUGACCAAAAUAUGAUCACUGCUGAAAUGCAGAAGCUUAAACAGAUGCAAGAGGACAUGCAGAGCCAAAUGUGUGCCUUCAAGAACCAUGUGAGAAUGGUGGAGACUAAGUCCAGAGAAGAGCUUACAGUGCUGGCAAAAGCCAUGAACAAAGUGAUGAUGAAGGAGGUGCUUAAGUAUGUCAGGGAGAGAAAGGAGCAAAAAUUGGAUUUGCAGGGAAGUGGUGAAAUGUCGAAAAGUGGGGAGGGAAAAGACGAGAUCAUCGAAGUGGAUACGUCUGAGAGUUCAAAGAGCUCUGGUGCUGAAACCGGGAAGGACAAAGAGGAGGAGGAACAGCAGAAGGAAGAAGUGAAAUUGGAUGAUCUAAUGAUCUCCAAGAUGCUAAUGGAUGAAGCAGAAGAUGUGAUUGCCAAGACUACAAGUUUGGAGGAAGAGGAAGUGGUGGUGGUUAAUCUUGAACUCUAGCCUGUGCUAUAUAUCAUUUCUGCUUUUGAUUCUUUCACCCAAAAAAAGAAGAUUUUUCUUUGGUUAUUUGUAUGCAUUCCAAUGGCAAUGCAUACAUAUCUUAUAUGUACCCAAAAAUAUGCAUUCAUAUGUUAUGAUUAGACCUAAAGUAUGUAACUAACUAACAUAUACUUCAAUUAUGGAUCUUUGAAGCUAAUAUGGGCCAAGAAGUUUGAACUAUGAUUCUUAAUGAAACAAAGUUG